UAUCUUUGUCCGAUUAAGACCUUGACAUUGGGACAAUACCGCGCCUUCCCUCGCGAGCCAAAGCGAUCGGUCCGAUCGAUCUCUUCCCCCAUACUUCUAACCCUAAAAGUCUCUCAUCUUCUUUGCAUUAGGAUCCCCACCCACCAUGGAUGACCAGAAAGGGGCCCACGUUAGGGCCUCCUUAUCCCUCUCCUCUGUCUCAGCUUCGUCUUUCGCUGCCGCCGCGCCCCCGAAGGAGGAGCUGCUGCCUCCCGUAGGCGGCGGCCAGAGGGUGCGGUUCUCGGUGGAUCUCAAGCCCGGGGAGACCACCAUCGUUUCCUGGAAGCGGCUGCUUAAGGAGUCCAGUAAAGGGAGCGGGGGUGGAUUCCCUCCCAAUGCUUCAGCGGCUGACCCACUUCUUGAUUCCCUCGCCCAAGCAGGUGGUCCGCCUGCAGCAAAUGAAUUAGAAGAUGCAGUUCCACCUACAAAUCGUUUUAGUGCAGUUAUUGAGAAGAUUGAACGCCUGUAUGUGGGCAAACAAAGCAGUGAUGAAGAACUUGAUGAUAUCCCAUGUGACGAUCAAUAUGACACCGAGGAUUCUUUUAUAGAUGAUACUGAGUUGGAUGAAUAUUUUCAAGUGGACAAAAUGUCAACCAAGCACAAUGGGUAUUUUGUCAACAAAGGAAAGUUAGAGCAGAUUGAGCCUAGCACGUCACUUAAGGAGGCACCAAGCAAAAGAAGAAGAAACGACUCCACAAAACUGCAUGGUGAUGGUAAUGUCCUUGUUCCCAGUGGCCCUGUAAAUGUUGACAAUAUGCACAUCAAGGAUGCUGCUAGGAAUGCACCAGAGGUAGGAAGGAAACCAAAGCCUGGAAAAAUUUAUGCAACAUAUGGUGUUGGUGAACAUUACAGUGAAGAAGGCAGACAUAUAAAAUAUAAAUCAAAAGGCACUACAACAGCCUACAAAAGUAAAUCUUCUGAUUUCACCAUCAAAUCAGAAAAACAAUCAACCAAGGUAUCUGAUUCCUUGCAAUCAAUCAUGAGAGUGCCGUAUAAGGAUGGUUUUUUGCGACCUUUGGAACUAAAGUGUCUUGAUAAGCAUAAAGAUGUAGUACUUGCUUUAAAAAAUACUGGCCACAGGUCAAGAGCAUGUGAUUCAUUUGGUCCCUUGUACCAAGUAUCCUGCAAUGAAGGUCACAUGGAAUUUCAGUCAAAAAAAUUGCUACAUAGUGAUGCUGGAGAAGUAUAUGCUACAAUUCGAAGUAAGGAGAGAUAUGGCUCCGGUGAUUUUCUUGCUAUGAAUUCUCCUGGGAGUGCCCAUCCUAUGCAUGAAGCACAGCAUCUGUCCACAAGGGCGAAAGGAAGUUCCUCUGUCAGGCCUAAAGGGACCACACUUGAACGAGCCAUCUGUGACCUCGAAAAGAUAGUGGCUGAGUGUAGACCACCAAGUCUUGAUGUUCAGGAGGUGGAUCUGGCAUUUCAAGGCACUAAGAGGAGACUUCCGAAGGAAGUAAAGCAGAAGCUUGCUAAAGUUGCAAGAUUAUCGGCAAGCCAAGGUAACAUUUCUGAAGAUGAGCUGGUUGAUCGGCUUAUGGGUAUUCUAGGUCACCUAGUACAGCGCAGGACAUUAAAGGAGAAAAAGACUCUUAAGGUGAAUUUAGGAGAAAAGAACAUCGGUGCAUACUGUUCCACCUAUAUUUGCACGAGACAACAUGCCUUGAUUAGAAAUAUGAGAGUGAUGGUUGAAUUAGGUCUUUCAGCAAAACAGCAGAAAGCUGAUAGAUUCCAUCAAGUAAAAGGGGCAGCCACUGAGAUGAUCAGAGCACGUGUUUCUCAGUUGAAGUCCAAGUUACCUGAGCUACAAGAUGGUUCAGCUGAUAAUUUUCAGAAAAUUAAUAAUGAUGAAAAAAGAGUUUUGAAAGGAAGAUAUAGUAUGGAUUCUGCUCUAGAAGACAAGAUCUGUGAUCUCUAUGAUCUUUAUGUUGAGGGAAUGGAUGAAGACAAAGGCCCUCAAAGCAGGAAGCUCUAUGUAGAGCUUGCAGAACUGUGGCCCAGUGGUUACAUGGAUGAUGUUGGAAUUAAAGAUGCCAUUCAGAGAUCAAAGGAAAGGAAAAGAGCAAUUUAUAGUCACAAUAAGGUUCACAAUGAAGAGAGGAUCAAGAGGAGAAAGUUGGCUUCCACAGUGAGAGUGGCUGAGACUAAUCCAGCUGCUCAAUUACAAGCCAGACAAGAGAAGCCAGUUCCAAUCGUUGAUUCCACUGCUCAGUUUCUUGCUCCCUUGGAGAAGCUAGGUUGCAAUCGAACUGCUGCUACAACAGGCCGAUCAAUGGAUUGUAUCCCACCUACCAAUUCUGGACACCAUGUAUCAAAAAAGCCCAACAAGGUUAGAGCUGUUAAAGUGAGCACAAACUCUGAGGACACAAGCAAAGCUUCCAUGAAGAAAUUGAAAAAGUUAGAACCUGAGUUGGCUGAAACUCAGGUUCAUUCCCAGAGAGUUCCUAUUCAGCUUGUCACUGAGAAACAAAAUUUCCCAAGCUUCUGGAUGACACAAGCCUGAGUCACCAGCCCGAACUGGUGUUGAACUAUUAAGUGCUUCAGGUUCUGACGAGCCAAGCUGAUUUGUUGCAGCUUACACUUACAAAAGUAAUAUGCUAGUUUAGGUUUUAGUUGAUUUCUUCUGUUUCUUUAUUGUAUGACCUUAAAUCUGAAUCCUAGUCUUCUUAAUCUUUCCCACCAACCAAUCCCUUUGUGUAUUACAAUUUGAUCGUCUUUUGAUAGAUGCGCCAUCCUUUUCCUCCAUUUAACAGUUAUUCAACAAGUAGCUACCCCCUCAUAAGCAUUUGCUUUCA